GAUUCUUCAGAUGCAUCAAUUCAGCCGCCGUCUUCGGCAACCGCCACCACCGCCGUUUGCAACUCCGACGAUAAAAAAGGAGUCUCAGAAGUAACAGACAACCAAAUAAUGGGCUGUAGCAUUCUCUUCGCCUUUUGCAUUUUGAAUUUUCUGGCUCCUCAAGACGUUUCCGGAGUUCAGAUCCUCUCCAAGUCAAAACUUGAGAAGUGCGAGCGCAAGUCCGGCGUCGAUAGCCUCAACUGCACCAAGAAAAUUGUCCUAAACAUGGCCGUUCCUAGUGGUUCUAGUGGGGGCGAGGCCUCCAUUAUAGCAGAAAUUGUAGAGGUGGAAGAGAACUCUACCAACAAGAUGCAAACCCUGCGAAUACCCCCUGUUCUGACUGUUAGCAAAUCGGCUGCUUAUGUUUUGUAUGAGCUAACAUACAUCCGUGAUGUUCCCUACAAACCCGAAGAAUUUUAUGUUAGAACUCGAAAAUGUGAGCCAGAUGCUAGCGCCAGAGUAGUACACAUAUGUGAGAGGCUAAGAGACGAAAGUGGGCACAUAAUUCAGAGCACUCAGCCUAUAUGUUGUCCUUGUGGGGCAAAGCGUCGGAUGCCUUCAUCAUGUGGGAAUUUUUUUGACAAGAUGAUUAAGGGAAAGGCAAAUACUGCACAUUGCCUACGCUUUCCAGGUGACUGGUUUCAUGUUUUUAGUAUUGGACAAUGGUCUCUAGGAUUCAGUGUUCAAAUUCAAGUGAAGUCAGGAUCUAAAGUUUCAGAAGUGUCUGUGGGCCCGGAAAAUAGAACAGUGGUAUCACAUGAUAAUUUCUUAAGGGUUAAUCUUAUUGGGGAUCUUGUUGGAUACACAAAUAUACCAUCAUUCGAGGACUUCUACCUUGUUAUUCCCAGGCAGGGUGGUCCUGGUCAACCUCCGAAUUUGGGGAGCAAUUUUUCUAUGUGGAUGCUUCUUGAAAGAGUGAGAUUUACUUUAGAUGGUCUUGAAUGCAAUAAAAUUGGUGUUGGCUAUGAGACAUUUAACAGCCAGCCUGAUUUCUGCACAUCACCAUUUUGGAGUUGCUUGCACAAUCAAUUAUGGAAUUUCAGGGAGGCUGACUUGAGUCGAAUUAGUAGGAACCAAUUGCCAUUAUAUGGAGUGGAAAGAAGGUUUGAAAGGAUAAAUCAGCACCCAAAUGCUGGAACUCAUUCAUUCUCCAUAGGAGUCACUGAAGUUCUUAACACAAAUCUGGUUAUAGAACUACGUGCUGAUGAUGUCGACUAUGUUUACCAAAGGAGUCCUGGGAAAAUUAUGAGCAUCAACAUCCCAACUUUUGAAGCCCUCACACAAUUUGGCGUUGCUACAGUUACAACAAAGAAUACUGGAGAAGUGGAAGCAUCUUAUAGCUUAACGUUUACUUGUUCAAAAGAAGUCAGUCUCAUGGAGGAACAAUAUUUCAUUAUGAAGCCGAAGGAAGUUGCUAGCCGUUCGUUUAAACUCUACCCAACAACUGAUCAAGCAGCAAAGUAUGUGUGUGCGGCCAUACUUAAGGAUGCUGAUUUUAGUGAAGUUGAUAGAGCUGAAUGCCAAUUUGCUACCAUCGCUACUGUCCUUGACAAUGGAUCACAGAUUACCCCAUUUGAACCCCCCAAGAGCAAGAUAAAUGGCUUCGCCGAUUCAAUCAAUUUAAUCUGGAAGAAGUUCUACGAAAGUGUGGUCGACUUUGUCAUUGGGAAAUCUUGCAGAAAAGAGUGCUCUAGAUUUUUUGACUUCAGCUGUCACAUACAGUAUAUAUGUUUGAGUUGGCUAGUCUUGUUUGGUCUCCUUUUGGCAACUUUCCCAGCAGUAGUUGUAGUAUUAUGGCUUUUACAUCAGAAGGGCUUAUUUGACCCUCUCUAUGACUGGUGGGAGGAUAUGUUUUGGGGCAAGAAUCAUCAACCCAGAAGGCACACCUUGAAGCACAGAGGGCAUUUCCAUAGGCAUGGAAGUAAGCAUCACCAUAAUCAUGGAGGUGGAGGUGGAGGUGGGUACAAGAGAAGAAGGAGCCAUGAUUUACACAAAAAGCAUAGGCACUCUGACAGAGACACUGAUUACUUUCUUCACCAUGUGCAUAAGAAAAAAGAUAAACGAGGCCAUAUUAGGGUAUAGAAUGCUGAUAUAGAUAAUGAAUAGGACAGGAACACAGAUUUCGUGAAUUUUAGAGCUCUGAAGA